AUGUUGGUACCGCCUGAUAUGAUUUCGUCCCACUCCAGGAUGGUCUAUCAGUUCAACAAGUACUUUGGCGAACGAGUGAUGAAUAGAAAGAGUCAGGUGGCGAAGACCAUUCAGGAGGUGUGUCGAGUCGUGCAGGAUGUGCUAAAAGAGGUGGAGGUGCAGGAGCCGAGAUUCAUCUCGUCCUUGACGGAUUACAACGGCCGGUUCGACGGCCUCGACGUUAUCUCACCAACGGAGUUCGAAAUCGUCAUCUAUCUGAAUCAGAUGGGCGUGUUGAACUUUGUGGAUGACGGCACCCUGCCGGGCUGCGCCGUGCUGAAGCUCAGCGACGGACGCAAGAGAUCCAUGUCCCUCUGGGUAGAAUUCAUCACCGCGUCCGGUUACCUGUCAGCCAGGAAGAUACGCUCGAGGUUUCAGACCCUAGUGGCGCAGGCCUGCGACAAGUGCACGUAUCGGGAUUCAGUGAAGAUGAUAGCCGACACGACCGAGGUGAAACUACGGAUACGCGAGCGAUAUGUCGUACAGAUUACGCCGGCUUUUAAGUGCGCUGGACUUUGGCCCAGGUCAGCCUCCCAUUGGCCGAUUGCACACAUACCCUGGCCUCAUCCGAACAUCGUCGCCGAGGUGAAAGCGGAAGGUUUCGAUAUGCUCUCGAAGGAAUGCAUAGGCCUACAGGGCAAACAGUCCGCUAUGGAGGGUGACGCUUGGGCGUUGUCGUUUAUCGACGCGGAAAAUCGAUUGUUACAAGGCGCAAGUAGGAGGCGUUGCCUCAGUAUACUGAAGACUCUCAGAGACCGGCAUCUCGACCUACCAGGAAAUCCAGUCACCAGCUACCACAUGAAAACCCUAUUACUGUAUGAGUGCGAGAAACAUCCGCAUGAGGCGGAAUGGGACGAAGGUUGCCUGGCCGAGCGAAUAAACGGCAUAUUUCUGCAACUAAUCUCCUGUCUGCAGUGUCGAAGAUGCCCACAUUACUUCCUACCUAAUCUUGAUCUGUUCAAAGGAAAAUCUCCCAGUGGUCUGGAGAACGCCGCGAAACAAGUGUGGAGACUCACCAGGGAGUUGCUGACAAACAGUCGCGCGCUGGAGAAACUGUAGUGAUCAGCAGCAUAGCUGUCAUGGCUUAUCAUUGUAUGAUUCGUCAACUGAUCUCGCAAAUCUUGUCACACGUUCCUGUAACUGCACCGUCGGAAGACUUCGACGCGCGAGUAAGAUACAAGUCUAAUCAUAUAAUGACCGUGCAAGGACUACGCGAGAAUCAUCAUGGAUUAGAGAAUAGUGACGUGAGACGAACUCUCGAGCUUAAGAAAAACUUUUGAUUCCUGUCAUUCAACUGCCGAGUCAUCGGGAAGAUCUGUAAUUUCCUGGAUUUCGCAGAUCUGAAGAUCACACAUGUUGUCGAUGUUUUCCGAAGAUACUUAGUGUGUGCUAGAAUCAAUUCUCACGAGAUUUAUUAUACGCGUAUGUGAUGUUUGGUGAACACGUGAUUGACUCGCAGACGAUCGAAUUAGUGCCAUAAAUAAUCUCUUCAACGUUAGAGAUAGAUUUCAUUUCUAUUGUCGGCGCGAAAUAAAGUAAAUAUAUUAUAGCUGCAAAAAAUUUAUCAUUCAAUUCGUUGCAACGGCGGUUUGCAACGCUAUAACAAUGCGCGUGAAACAACCUUUAACCAGUAGUACAGAAAUCUUACUAUCGAG